UCUUUAUUAUUUGUGCAGUUAUUAGCCAAACGUAGAAUAUAAUUUAAUUAAAUAGAAAAUGAUAAGAUUGUAAAGUAGUAAUAUACAUUCAGACGAGAGCAAAGGUUUCUAUGCAGAUCUGUAUGUGAUUGGAUGUGGUAUUUACUAACUUUUUCCAUAUCACAAAAAGAAACAUGUACUUUCCAAUCGGUUGGCCAACGGCUAUAAAUUUGGCCCUACCUGGCGAUAGUACUAAUAUAAAACAUAUUUGUUUUGAUGCGGUUAAGAUUCUUUUGGCUGCUGUGGGACGGGACUUCCUAAGUAUUUGGUAUGCUAACCCACUAGUUCCCAUUGUAUACUACCGUCGAAGUGUGGAGUCCGUAGUAAGCUACGGGGAUAAUAAGUUCGUAGUUUGGAAGCCUGAUUCUCGACAGUUGAUAGUGCUAACUACCGGUGGUGUUUUGAUACUGUACCAGGUGGAUUUUGAUGGCAGUGGAAAUGGAAUAUUUCUUCAAAUGGAUUCACCACAAUAUAGCCUAAAAAGAGAUUCUGCUGAAUUAUUUAUCAAGGAAAAUAUUCCAAAGCUCAAUUUGAAAGAAGUUUGUAUUGUAGAGCUGAACUCAACAGUCACAACAGUAUGCUGCAUAAGUUUAACCGAACUUUUGGUUGCAACAGAACGCUGUGAACUUAUGCGUCUGCAAUGGUCCGACUUAGAGUCGGACGAAUUCCGAAGUACUACGACCAUAUCAAGUGCGAUAAAUUUACGUUUAAUACAGUUUUAUGUGAACCAACAGUGUAAUCUUAAAACAAUUCCUCCCGUGAAUCCCAAUUCUUACGUGGCUGCUUUAGAAUAUUCGCCGUUUAUUGGUGGCUGUGCGGCAGUGUUUAGCGAUAACAGAGCUGCCUUUCUAAUUGCGAAUCAUUUGAGAUUUGAAUCAGCAAAUAUGCAUGGAUUUUGGAUUCCAGAAAUCGAAGACGCUACCGUCUGUGGAGUGAAUCACAAAUUUCGUCUCUUAGCCUAUGGCAGAUCAAAUUCAGAUGUCACAGUUUAUGGCAUAGAAGAUGCCACUGGAGGAUUGGAAUUCUCCCACCGGCUUUCUCUGAAUUCAACUGUGAUGCCGGGAACUUUGGGGGCAGUAAACGAGCUUAAAUGGAGUCCAGACGGUUGUGUAUUGGCUGUUUCCUGGGAAAAUGGCGGAAUUGCUCUGUGGAGUACUUUCGGAGCAUUGUUGAUGUCAUCGUUUUCUUGGGAUUUCGGUAUACAUGUCGAUUUGGUCCACGACAAUCCUUUAUGUGUCACUAAAGUCGAAUGGUCAACUGAGGGUUAUCAGCUUUUCUUGACAUGCAAACAAAAAAAGACGGACGAGAAAUCAAGCGACGAGACAUUCAGUAACGUGUUUCAAUUAAGUUUUGUUAAAAGUGCGCUCACCAUGAAUCCAUGUAUGACAGCUCAUCCUCAUAUAUUGUUACAGGGCGAUGACACUUUAUAUUUAAAUCAGGGCGAUAAUUUGGAAAAAAUUUAUUUUGGAGGAAAAUUCGUUUUUCCAAAUAAUAAAACAGAAACAACCUCACCACAGUCAUCGGACAUCAAUGAAGCUGACGAUUGUUUAGAAAUUAAGAAUAAUGUCGAUAUUUCUAGUAUUCUGGCUGAGAGCAAAUAUUGGACUGUUCUGCAACUCCCUCAAACAUAUGUGGCAACUAAUUGGCCAAUUCGGUAUUCCGCUAUAGAUAGCGAUGGAAUUCAUGUUGCUGUUGCUGGUCGCACGGGUUUGGCCCACUACUCCAUGCCAACCAAAAAGUGGAAAUUGUUUGGAAACGAGUCUCAAGAAAAGGACUUUGUUGUAUCCGGCGGCUUAUUGUGGUGGAAAGGGUUUAUUGUAUGCGGAUGUUAUUCUCUUCUCGAUCGGACAGAUGAAAUUCGUUGCUAUCCUGAAGAGUGUAAAUUAGAUAACCAAUUCGGAAAUCGAAUUCAAGUGAGGGCACCUGUCAUUUCAUUGAAUAUAUUUCGGGAUCAACUUAUUGCUCUUACUGCGGAUGGCAUUGUUACUCUUUUCGCUAUGCGGAAAUGUGAUGCAUACACUUUAAAGGCGGACUGUGUUUACGAGGUGGACGUGAAAAGUAUUUGCAUUCAUCCCGCAUGUAUUGUGUCGCUGACUGUUACAAACUUGCGUAAUGACUUGACUACCAAAGUACUAGUCUCGCCAGAAAACGGAGACGCAGAGACUAUUAUUGUCAAUGUUUGCGGUCGUAUACUGAUGAUACAAAGAGAUAAUACUAACGCAGUUGUGAAUUCUUUAAUGGCAUCAUGUCUGGCUUCAUGUGUAGAAUGUUUUUGGCUGUCAAAUUCAACCCAAGUCGGUAGCCCAAUGCGUGACUGUUUAUGGCUGUUUUCUGGAAUACAUGGCAUGCGUGUUUGGCUGCCUAUUUUACCGCCAUCCACAGAGCAAAGACGAGACUCCUCCCAUCGGUUGCAUACAUUCAUGUCCAAACGCAUUAUGCUUUCAUUUCCUUUGAAAUUGUAUCCCCUUGUAAUAUUAUUUGAUAAUGUCAUCGUUUUGGGUGUAGAGAAUGAGACCAUUUUGUACACAAAUGAACCGAACUCUCAUUUUUCUCUUCCAUUCUCUCAACUUGAAAGAAAAUCCCAGGUCUAUUUGCACAAGAUAUUGAGGCAACUUAUCAAACGCAAUUUAGGGUACAGUGCUUGGGAAAUAGCACAAUCGUGUCGCAGGUUACCAUAUUUUCCGCACUCUUUGGAAUUAUUGUUGCACGAAGUUUUAGAGGAAGAAGCCACUAGUAAAGAUCCCAUUCCAGAUGCAUUAUUGCCUAGUAUAUUGGAUUUUAUACGAGAAUUCCCAGUAUAUUUGCAAACGAUUGUGCAAUGUGCACGUAAAACCGAAAUAGCUUUAUGGCCGUACCUUUUUUCAAUGGCGGGAAAGCCGAAGGACUUAUUCCAACAGUGUUUGGUAUCUGAAGAGCUGGUUACAGCAGCCAGUUAUUUGAUCAUUUUGCAAAAUUUAGAGCCUUCAGUUAUAAGCAAGCAGUACGCAACACUUCUUUUGGAGAUUGCCCUGCAGCACAGGAAUUGGGAAUUGGCAAAAGAUUUGAUGCGGUUUUUGAAAGCUAUCGAUCCGAAUGAAAUAGAUUCUCCUCGUUCAUCUAUGGUGGUCAACUUGAAAAUUGCACCACCUACUCAAUCUCAGUCUCAGGUAAACCAGAAUCCCGAUGCCUUUAACUUAGUGCUCGGACCUAUUGGCAGAGAACGAAGUUUCUCUACCACUGUUUUAGCAUCGAAUACAACGAAAGAUAAAAAGGAAAAUAAGCCGUCUACUGGGGCAACAAUAUCGUCCAAUGAUAAUGUUGGUUCUGGUAACAGCGGACCUUUAGUCGUCGUUCGUCGUAAAUCUGAACGCAGCAACUCUGCUAAGUGUGAAAAGCGGGAAACAUUCUGCAUCGAAGCUAUUUUACAGAAGCAUGCAAGGAAAUUAUUACAGAAUUGUAAAUUAAUUGAUUUAGGGUAUAUGAGUGCAUUUUUGGAUUUUCAUCUCGUAACAUGGUUGUCACAGGAAGCUGAAAAAACGGCUCGUUUGGAUGAUUACGUGGCAGCAAUCACUGCAUUGCACGAAGAGUUGCAAUUACCCACACCUGUUUCUCUUCCAUCACCUUCAGAAGAUUUUGAUCAGGACUACAACCAACUUCAGAAAAGAUUUCUUUUAGAUACAAAAUUUACCUUGGCACAUACUUCUAGCCAAACAUCAGAAUCCGGGUAUUUUAGUUUAGCCCAUAUGGAAACGCCCACAAGCACGAAUAAUGGGAAUUCCAUUGUCCACAAUAAUAUUCCGUCCAUCAAAGAAAACGAAGAACUUCAAUAUUCGUCAUUGCCAAAUUCAGUGGCCACACAAAAUCAUAUUCAGCACAUGGGUGGUGAAUUUAAUAAAUCUUCGUCCGACUCGCUUGAUUAUACACUUUAUAAGCGUGUUCUUUCAGUUGCCGAUGAGAUGUCAUCGACUUCUUUGGCUCUUGGUCUAACUUGUGGGGAAAUUCAUCAGAAGAUCCUCCCUGAGAAAUUGGCUAUCAAGAUUCGAUAUUUGCUGCAAUUGUUCAUCGAAGCGAAUUGCAUCGAUUUCGCAUUCGUGUUGUCUAUACUACUUCAAGAUGCCUCUUCCGUUGGGCGCAUUAUCAACGUUCUCACUCGAACAGAAUCCGUAGCGACGUGCUGUCGCAUACAAAAUUUGUUAAAACGUAUAGCGCUCUGGUCUUUUGACAUGGAGUGUGUCUAUAGAUCCUUUAUGAUUUCGCUCCAGCCUCAUAUUUACUUGUUAGAUCAAUUCAUUCAAUCGUCUUCGACUCCACUGUCGCCAAAAUCAACUUCGACAACAAUUGUCCAAGGCAAUUUAAACAAUAAUCGCAGUUCCGAGAACAGUGAUCAUAACGAGACCUCAAAGACAGUAGACUGUCUCGUAGAUUCUUUGCAAAACAAUAAAAUUUCACAAAUACAUAAUGACAAUGCCGGUUGCAAUUGGCCUUAUGACGACAACCGUAAUAAUAAGUUGUCGCGUCAAUUAAGUACGGAUAGUACUUUAAAUGCAUCUACAUUACGUGCAGCGCAAGUUAAUGAAUAUAAAGCAAACAAUUCACCUUCCCAGGCAUCUGCUAAAAGAAAUGAAUCGAGUGGUUGCGUUGUUAUGUAAUUAUACAGUCAGAUAAAGUCAAAAUUAAAACUUUUAAAAGCGACGAACUUCCAAACUUCCAAUAUAAUAAGUAUUUUUGUAGUGCAUUGUGUAUGGCAUAUGGUACAGGCCCGACAUCUCAAUCUCUAGCCAAACAAUACUGGAAAUUAAAUCCCCCAUCUGUUACAUAAAAGCGGUUGAUGCUUUGCUGAAUUUGUACAUUUAGUUGAUUAUUAUUUUUUGGAAUAUUUGCGAAAUUAGUGAUAGCAAUUUGCCAAAGAGUCGUUAAAGCGUCUCAAAUAUGAUUCGAAUGGCGAAAUGGAUUUCAUUAAACAAUUUUUGUUACAAUUUUAAUAUAUUUUGUUGUUAUCGCAAGAAAAAUAUGUGUGUUUCUGUUAAUGGUCAUCGUAGCUUUGUAUUAAAACUUGAGCAAUAUUUAGAUAUUAUAUAAAAAAAUUAUAAGCAACUUUGCUCCCCAUCCAUUGGGUAGCAUUUAUAUAUGAUAGUUGCAUAUUCAAUACCAAUCAAUAUAUUUAAUUUAUAAACGUAUUAUACAACGAUUUUAAACUAUAAUGUAUGAUGUAGAAAUUAAACCAAUUAUACUCUAGCUAAACCUGAACCCUACAAAGCCUAAAACGAGAAUAAUGUAUACAAAGUAGGACAAACAUUAGAUAUAUGGGUAUAAAUAAAGAUUAUUUAUAUUUUACUAACUAAA